AUGUUAAAAUUUGUGUUAAUUAUUUGCUUCACUUUUUUGUACAUUGCCAAAGCAUCAGAUGACCAGGAGCAUAAUUGUGUGAUUGAAUUCUUAAAGAAACACAAUCUUCUUAAUUUUGAUGUCCAUCCUUAUUAUAAUGUCAAAAUAUGGACGAAAAAUUGUGAUCAAAUCAACAGAAAACUAGUGAAGAACUUUUUCGAUGAAAAUUUUGAUUACCUCGAUGAAGAAUCAUCAGUUGAUAACAAAACUUACAGAGCAUGUUUGAAAAAAGAUUUCGAACGUCUUAAAAUGGAUGAAAAAUUCAUGAAGCUGAAAGCAUUCGAGAAUGAAGUGCAAGCAGAAAAGUUAGAAAAAAUUCGAGACGAUUUUCUUAUAAAUAUCAAAUUUGUUUGUUCCAAGAGAUUUAUUGAGGUUGCUUCACAACGCUUCAAAGAUUAUGUUUCGGAUGAAGGUGGACCAAGUAAAGCUGUGAUAAACCAUCCUGCACUAAAGAAAAUCAAAGCAAACUUAAUUUGCAUGAAUCGUUAUGCAGUUGAGAACAAAAUUCUUGAUCCGUCGACUUAUAACCUCGACUUGAAGCUCAUCAAUCAAACUGAAGAUGACUGUAAGUACAUCGUGUACGAUGUUACAUCUCUAAUAAUGGAUGAAUGGUACAUCAGAAGAGUUUCUGACGAUGAUGCGAUUCAAAGAUGCUUCAUCGGAAUUUUAUUAGAAACGAACGCAAUAGACUUGUACAUCAAGAACUCUCUUCUCAGUCAAUUGCAAUUGAGUCAAGAGCAGAAAGACAUUGAACGUGAGAACUUUAUCAAAGCAUCUUCAAUUGUACAUGAGAUGUCAUAUAAAUGUAUUUUAAAUGAUUUUGAGAAAAUAUAA